UGAUGAGGGGAUUAAUGCGGUACAAUAGCUGUAUUUCCUCCCUUGGAUUAACCUGAAUUGCCCUGCUUUGGAGGUGCAUUCUGUACGGUUCACUACUUGAUCGCGUUAACUAAAGAGGGGAUGAAUUCAGUAGGAGAGCUGUAUUUUCAUUGGCAUCAGUUGGCCUGCUCUGGGGAUAGAUUUGUAUACAUCGCUGUAUUGAAAGAGUGAGGAAGCUUGAUCUUGGAGAGCACCGUAUUGCCAAAAUCAUAUGGCCUUGGUGGUGGUGGUUGUUGGGAGGAAACGAGUCGCUGUGCAAAGCAAAGUUGAAACACCAGAUAUGCAGCUUCUAACUCCACCAGGGACGCCACGUGUUCCUGCACUGGAGGUUGCUGAGAAAACACCAGCCACCAAUAUAUUGCCAAAGCGCACCGUCACUAGAUCAUCCUCAACGACUAGAGCAUCAAGGCUUUCAGCAUCUCAAACGGAAAAUGGGCAUUCCACAGUUCCCACUAGACCAGCAAGAAGUAACUCUGUCAACCGACCUUCUAUUCAAUCCACUCUCAUGUCUGGUAACAACAGGACAUCAGUUCUCAAUACAAGCAUUUCAUCAGUUAGUUCAAGACCUACAACCCCAAGUAGGCGAAGCAGCACUAUUGUUGCACCAAAACAAUCAAUUCCAGCCUCACGUCCAGUGCCUGCAAGAUCCUCUACUCCCGCUAAAACUCGUCCAUCUACACCAGUCAAAACGCGCCCAUCUACUCCCACGAGAACUCGUCAAAUAGCCCCCAACUCUUCAACUGACUCAGCUGCUGCAAAGACCACAUCCACACAAAGUUCAAGGCCAUCAACUCCAAAUUCUCGGUCUCGUAUCAUGCCCAAUCCAUCUUCUGGUCCAACUAAUGCGAUUAACCGCCCGAGUGCAUCCGUAGGUACAACAAGCCGGCCAGGGUCAUCCUCAGGUAAUAUUCCUGGGAUAAGCCGUGCCACCUCAUUGUCCUCAAGUUUGGUUCCUUCAAUGAGCCGUUCCAGCUCACGAUCAUCUACACCGACACGCCAGCCUGCAACCCGUUCAUCAGCCCCAGCUAUUGGUCGCUCACCUUCAGUUGGACGGAGUUCUAGCAUCAGUAACUUUACAUCUGUUAGCCGACCUGCAGCCAGUGGGCGGAAUUCAGCACCUUCAUCGGCUCCAUCAUCUCGUCCAAGUUCCCCAAAUCCACGACCCCGAGCUCCAGUGCGGCCACUUGAUAUCCCUGAUUUCCCAAGUGAAACUCCGCGAAAUCUAAGGACGAAAUUGCCUGAAAGACCACUAUCUGCUGGCAGAUCACGGCCGGGAAUGGCUUUAGGAAUAAGAUCAACCCAGAAUACUGAACCUUCAGCUGCCUCAGCUCCUGUUAAGAAGAUGUCUGUGCCUGCUGUGAGUCGAAGUAAAUUUUCUGAUGCUUCAUCAAAGACGUCUACUCUCACAAAUGGACACCAAAAUAGACAGGCUGAAAGGUCCAUUAUUGACAGUCAACCUAAUAGACUCUCGCGGCCAGUCACAGGCACAGAUAAUGGAUUUGGGAGGACAAUAUCAAAGAAGUCACUUGACAUGGCAAUCAAGCACAUGGACAUUCGGCAGAACUUGGGUGGCAUUCGUGGCGCAUCCCUCUUUCCCCAGAGCAUCCGCUCGGCUGCUGCCAAGGUAGGGCCAGCUCGAGUGUCAGACCCCGGGCACACGAUCUCAAAUGGCGACCGAUACUACACUGACAAUGGAAGCAGCGUUAACGGACACCUCUCUGGGGAUUCAAACGGAGCUCUUUCACGCAACGGUGGUAGCUCAACCGAUUCGCCGGACAGGGGAAACAUUGGAGCCAAGGAUACCCUGAGCGAACUGGACAUCUACAGCAGCUCGCGCUACGAGGCGAUGCUGCUGAGGGAGGACGCGAAGAACAUGAGCUGGUUGCACGGCUUCGACGACAAGCCCGACCAGAGCCCGCUGUUCGACCACCGGUUCGAGCCGCCGCCGGAGCCGUUCAGCCCGCUAUGACAGCUGCUGUUUGUAAAGUUCUAGUGAUCCUCACUUGCUCUUUCUGUUCCUUUUGUGUUGCAAGAUGUGUAUGUUUUGGUCUGCUUUCUACGAGACUACAAUUGGUUGGCUCUGCACGUCCCCCCAUCCUUUUUUCUGAAACUCAAGACUGAAGAGACGGAGAGAUUGCGGAGUCUGGGACCCUUAGUUUAUCCCUGGAGGUUGGGUUUUCCACUUUCCACAAAAUUGUUGUACUGAAAGAAAAUCUUAAAGUACAGGAACAGUAAAGAUUUGUAAUUUAUUGUGA